CUCACCCUCUUCUUUUCUUCACUCACCAAUCACAAUCACAUGCCAUCCAAUUUUCUAGACACAACAGGAAUAAUGGUGAGGGGAAGGUUCGUCAGAAAACUAAAACUCCUCCCAACCAUAACCAACUUGAAGAAACAAGGCUUUGUUCUUCAAAAAAGGUUUCCAACCCCAUAUCAUGACUACAAAGAAAACAACCUGUCUGAGCUAGUGCUUGAGGAUGGUAAUCAUUUUGAGGAGGAAGAAAAGUUAUCAGACAAGAUGGCAUCAUGCAACAACCAAUACCCAUCUCUCAGUGAUUUCAAAGAGUUAUGUCCACCAGGAGGGAACCACUCGAUCGUUCUCUACACAACAAGCUUGAGAGGGAUAAGGAAAACGUUUCGUGACUGUAACACCAUCCGUUUCUUGUUGAGGAGCUUCAAAAUAGUGUACCAUGAGAGGGAUGUGUCUCUGCACUUGGAGUUCAGAGAGGAGCUGUGGAAAAUCUUGGGAGGGAAAGUUAUUCCUCCAAAGCUUUUCAUCAAUGGAAGUUACAUUGGAGGAGCUGAUGAAGUGGUUGGGUUGCAUGAGACGGGGUGGCUCGGGAAGUUUCUAGAAGGAACACCAACUCACUCUAGUGAUUCUCCUUGUACUGGUUGUGCCAACAUUGGAUUCGCCAUUUGUUCCAACUGUUGUGGAAGUUGCAAAGUGUUCAGUGCCAACAGGGACAACAAUGAUGAAUGCUUCGUUAGAUGUCCUGAUUGCAACGAGAAUGGCCUUGUCAAAUGCCCUGUUUGCUGCUAGAGAUUUAUAUACAACCCUUGGUGCGUUUGAUUUCUUUUUUCAGUUCAUAUUUCUGAUUACAAAAGCAUCAUUUCUAUUUUCACUCUAUAUUUUCUUUUCAAAAAUUUGUUAAGGAAAAAGGUGACAACAAAUUUACUUUGGUUGUUCUCACCGAUUUCUUUAUAGAUUUGUGAAAAUGAGAAGUAGAAGUAAAAAUAAAUAGAUGUUUUAAUAAUUGUUGGCAUCAACUGAAAAGAAAAAACAAACCAAGUUGGCCAAAUAAGUUUUAUAUCAUUCUUCUUGUACUAUAUUAUUGAUAUUUUUUGCUCUUUAGCCUUGUCUGUCUCUGGUUCCUUAGAAAUGGACAUUGUAUGAAACUCGUACCAUCAAAUGUAGAAACUGCAAUACAAGCUCAUGUUGUGUAGUGUGACAGGUAAACAUGUCACUCGGUUAUUAAUAGGUUGUACAGUGAUUUUGAAUGAAAAAUUUGAGUAUCGUGUUUUCAUAACAACAGUGCGUAGAUUUAGCUUCAAUGUAUAGAAUACAAAAUAAAAAGAAAAAGGAACAAAAU